CAGAGGAUUCAUCCUAUAAAAGAAGUGCAAAAUGUUAGAUUUCCCAUAGUUUUCACUACAGUUCGUGAAGGUUCUCCCUUUCAAUAUUUUCAGAAGACGAAUCUUCAGCAUGGCCAUCGGAGAGGAAGCCUCGGAGGGUGUUGAAAAUGAUAGAAAUGUUAUCGAGCAGGAACCAAUAAUGGAUGAAAUGUACGAUGAUUUUAUGGCAGAACUGUGCAAUGAGAAUGAUAUUUUACCACUGACAGAUGAGACUUUCAAAAGCCUUUUCCAAAUAGAUGAACCCAUUCUUUUAGACUAUUUUUCUUCGGAACUCCUCAAAGAAAGACAACAAGUAGUGGGUACAGAGACUCCAGCACAUAAUAAUGUUACAGAAGACACAUCUCCAAUCAUUCAAUUCACUCCAAAUUCAUCUGAGAGAGCUAACAUUUCAGAAGUGGUAGCACAUGAAGUAGGAGGCAACAUGGGAUUAUUGAACCCUAAUAUUCUCACCUCCACAAACACUUCAUGGAAUCAUCAUCCAAUUGGUGUGAAUAACACAAGUGCAAGACUAGGAACUAUGAAUUCUCCAGGACUUGAUGCUUCCUUCGGUAAUCCCAUGUUCCCUAACAUAACAAGAAGCUCAAUCACUCCAUUUCAAUCACCAAGCUUCUUCCCUGUGCUUCCUUAUGGUGGUGGUAGCAGCAGCAGCAGCAGCAAUAUUCAUCAACAACAUCCAAGGUCCCUUCCAUUACAAACGAUUGGGAUGAAUGCACGAGGUGCUUCUGCAAUGGUGCAUCGAUUUAACAACCAGGAACUUUUCUGCCCUCGCCCACCCUCUCUCAGAGAUUUUGAUACCAUGGUUUCUGCAUGGAAGGGAUGUUUGGUCGGAAAAGUUCACUCGUAUCGCGAAUCCCUUAAUGCUGCAAUGGCAGUGAGGAAACCAACAUCACCUGUCACGCUUACUGUUGAUUGGUCGAGUAGGCUUCAGAUCGUCCACUUCUUACCCACAAGGAUUGUCAACUAUACAAUGAAGAUGUGUGGUGGACCUAUUGAUUAUGUGCUCUUUCACAUAACUAAAUUCAACAAUCUUGACUUGUACGACCAUAUGAAGAGUGAAAAAUUGUGUGCAAAAAUUGAACUCUAUUCACAGACGCUAAUCUUAUCUACAACCGAAAGCAAAUAUCACUUCUUAGGAACAGUUUUUCCAGCGGGUACGAUGUUUGUUAUACCUGUCUGAUAUGCAUUUUGGCUUUCAAAAGCGAAAGAGACCACAAGCCAUGAACAGAAGGUUGAAAGAGUUAAGAGAAAGAGACUGAUUGUAUCAGAAAAUUAAUAGAGAUAACUAUCAAUUCUAGUAUAUUUGAAUAAUAGUAAAUGAAUGUAAUUGAUUAGAAUAAGGGAUACAGUGAUAGUGUAUAAAAAAAACUGAUUACAGAUCUUAUUUCUAAUUUCUUUCGAAUUAAUUAUCCAAAAAACAUCGCUCCUUUUCCUUAGUUGUCCUCUAUCUAAGAUUUUUUUUUUUAUCAGCAAAAAAAUAUUAAUAUAAUACCAUAACAUCAAAUAAGUCAAAGAAAAGAAGUUGUUUAUUUAAGAAGGGAACAUAAAAAACAGAUUUGCAAGAACAAUUAUUGCCAUUUGAAAUGAUUUAGCUUUGAAUUUAUCCAAGUCCAACAGAUUCAAAAUGUCACUUUAGUGUUGUCCUUCCUUUUGCUUUUGCCACUGUUUCAUAUUUGUGCAGGAUCCUCCCUUCAAACUUUUUGUAUGCACUACUUAGUGUCUUGUUCCAAGUUCAAACUCCUAUAGCC